AUGGCUUCAAGACACGGUAAGCCCUUCUUUUUUACUAUGUCUCAAGAAGUAAAGAGGAAGACUUUUUCACCGACUGUUCCAGAAAGAACACCGAGUAGACCUAGAAUGAGUAGUUCUGGCCAAAAUGAGGAGGCUGUGAAUUAUUACAAAGGUAUUUGCGUACAUUACCAAGGUGAUCAGUUAUUGGAUGCGUUUCAUGUGAUAGCUAGGUGUACUAGUUUAGAAAAUCUAUGUGAAAGAGAUCUGUCACACGUUUUGAAAAAUAUCUGUGCUGCCCUGUUAAAUAAUGUAAAUAUUAUUCUAUCAGCUGAAACUAUUCAUAAAUAUAAUCUUUCAACGAAUGUUGUAGAUCUGCAUCAUGUUAUUAAUUUAGCUAACUAUCAAUGUUGUGAGUUGAAGUUAGCACCUCAACAUACUUUACAGCAUCUUAGUACAUAUAAUUUUCUGAAAAUAAGGGUUAAUGUUGCCUUGAAAUUUUUUAAUCGUAAUACUAGUACUGCAUUGCGAUACAUGAUGGAUGAAGUUGGUUGGAAAAUCGGUUGUCUUCUUAAAAUUUUCAAUGCCCUCAACAAUUGGAAGUGGUUGGAAUCCAGUACAGUUGGGGCUAUAUUGUCUACCACUUCAGUUUUAGAUUUAGCACAGUUACUAUUACAGAAGCAUAGUUUCCUUUUUUUUUAUUUUUUACAUCCAGGUACAGUCAGAAUUUCCUUGAAAAUUUAUUCUCGUGCAUUAAAAAAAAUAAUCCUGCACUAACUGCACUUGAAUUCAAGAAUAACCUGCAAUUGACGACCAUUGCUCAGUAACUAAAAGCUCCUUCAUCUUCAAAUUAUGAUGAUGAUGAUGGGAAAUUCCUUCAAGUUUUUAGAUAACUCUCA